UGAAAUAACUUUGUGGGAGUGUGACACCCAGGGGUGGGGGGAGGCUAAGCGGUGACACCUCAUUUCAGUCUGCUGGGCCUAUGGCAGGCCGACCUGCAGGCCGGCUUGGACACUGUGGGUACUGUUGGCAGAGUUUCCACCCCUGGGCGUCCCGUAUAUAUUGGGCUGAUCGUGCCAUCACAAACACACUGGCACAGACAGGUACUGUUUCAUCUUUGCCGAUCCAUUCACUAUGGCCACAGACCACCUGAAACCUGCAUCCAAGCAGCAGCAGCCAGGCACCAGUGCAUUUAAGCUGGUUAUCUAUGAGCAGGAAAACUUCCAGGGACGCUGCCAUGAGCUGACUGGUCCCUGCAACAACCUCCAGGAAGCAGGCGUGGAGAAAGUGGGCUCCAUACUGGUGCUGUGUGGACCAUGGGUGGGAUACGAGCAGAGCAACUGUAAGGGGGAGCAGUAUGUGUUUGAGAAGGGGGAGUAUCCUCGCUGGGAUUCCUGGACCAACAGCAGGCGUAGUGACACCAUUGUUGCAUUCCGCCCGAUUAAAGUGGACAGCCAGGAGCACAAGAUUGUCCUUUACGAAAACCCCAGCUUCGCGGGGAAGAAGAUAGAAAUCAUAGAUGACGAUGUCCCCAGCUUUCAUGCACAUGGCUACCAGGAGAAGGUCUCCUCUGUUCGGGUUCAGAGUGGCACGUGGGUGGGCUAUCAGUAUCCAGGCUACAGAGGCUAUCAGUACCUGUUUGAAAAGGGGGAGUAUAAGGACAGUACUGAGUUCGGAGCCCAGAUUCCUCAGAUCCAGUCGGUUCGGCGCAUCAGAGACAUGCAGUGGCAUCAGAGGGGUACUUUUCACCCCGUCAACUAAGCUUGUGACUCUUUCCUGUCAUGAACCCUGACCUUGCCAUGCCUUGCUCCCUUCCAGCCCCAACCCCUUUGUCCUUCCAAUACACCAUACUACAUUUUGAUAUCUACUGCAGCUGCUGCAGUAGUGACAUUCUUUGAAGCAAACUAAUAAAUCCUCAUUGCUUAAAUUUGA